CUUUUAUCCCAGCAUUACAUAUUCUUCCGCCGUAUUGACGUAUUUACUGCUUCCAUUUACCAGUCGACAUUCACUUUAUACAACUGUAACUAUUUCUGUAAUUAAACUCUCAUUUCAAGUGUGAUUUGUGUCACGCAAGUGACUGGCUAAAAUGAAUCAUUUUGCGCGGCCGAAACGCAUACAAAUAAAGUUGGUUGCGGGGCGCGUCACGUGACACCACCUCAGCCGCUUCCUAGUUGUGGGCGGAGUCUUGAAGCCGGAAGUAACAUGCAGCAGGGAGUGAGUUAUGGCUGAGCAGAUUGGAGCUGUGGAUCAGUGCCUUUUGCAAGCAAGUUCAUUCAAGUCUCAGGGUAAUCAAUGUUACUCAGAGCACCGUAUUCGCCAGGCAGUCAGUAUGUACCAUAAAGCUUUGCUUCAGCUUCGCAGCCUUGAUGCAAGUCUGUUUUCUCCGCUGCCUGGUGUGGGCCCUACAGCUGUUAAAUUAAAUUCUCAGCAGGCUGAGGAACUGAAAACCUUACAGGCAGAUUGCUACAACAAUUUAGCUGCUUGUCUAUUGCAGAGUCAGCCUCCUCGCUAUCAGCGUGUCUAUGAAUGUAGUUUGCAGGUUCUGAGUCUGCAGCCUCAGAAUGUCAAAGCCUUGUACAGAGCAGGGGUUUCAAGCUAUCACCUUAAAGACUACACCAAUGCUCAUCAUUACCUGUCACAGGCAGCCUCUAAAGCACCAAAAGAUGGCAACAUCAGGCGUUAUGUUCAGCUCACCGACACAGCCCUGAGCACUUUCAGAGAAGAGGAGAAACAGAGAUACCAGGGGAUGUUUGGAUAAUAUGCAGUCUGUUCUUGUUCCCACAGUAUGCAAAAUAAAUUGAAUAAAAUCUAUUUUUUUUGUA